AUACUGGCCAAAAGCAGUGCAUCGCAAUUGAGCCAUUUAUAAGAGAACCGAUUGACUUAUUCUAGAAGUGGUUCUACUGGUAACGUAAAUGCAUACACAGAAGCAAUGAUCAUGAGAAGAAAGAACCAUCGGAGGAGUGAAUCAGCCGACCCACAGCAGCAGUAUGAGAUCAUCACGCCUCCGCUCCCCUCUUCUCCCUCAGUGUGCACGUUUAUAAAUCCACUGCCACCUUCGUCGACAAUGGCAGCCCUCAAAGGUCUACGCUCAACCUACCGCCUGAACUCCGGCCACGAGAUUCCCGUCCUAGGAUAUGGAGUCUACAUGAUCCCCCAAUCCCAAACGGAAAAGGCCACCCUUGAAGCUCUCGGAAUCGGCUACCGUCAUGUGGACUCGGCAAUCAUGUACCGCAACGAGAAAGCCUGCGGCCGCGCCAUCGCAAAUUCCGGCCUCGACCGGUCGGAGAUCUUCUUCACGACCAAGAUUCCCCCGGAGAAGAUGGGCUACACUCGCACCAAGAAGGCUAUCGACUCCAGUCUGCGCGAAGCGGAGCAGGAGUACUUUGACCUCAUCCUUAUUCAUGCCCCUUACGGCGGCAAAGAAGACCGUCUAGGCUCCUGGCGAGCGCUGGUGGAAGCCCAACAAGCGGGCAAGACGAAAUCCAUCGGGGUGUCCAACUACGGGGUCCACCAUCUGGACGAGCUGGAGGAGUACAUCAAGAAUGGUGGCGGCGGGCAGAUCGACGUCGGCCAGUACGAGUUGCAUCCCUGGUGUGACCGCCCCGAGAUCGCCGCGUGGCUCCAGAAGCGCAACAUCGUCGUUCAAGCCUAUUCGCCUCUGGCGCACGGGACGAGGAUGAGCGAGCGAGUACUCAAGGCAUUGGGCCAGAAGCAUGGCAAGUCGCCGGCGCAGAUCAUGAUCCGGUGGGGUUUGCAAAGGGGCUUUGUCCCCCUUCCCAAAUCGGUGACACCCAGUCGGAUCAAGGAGAAUGCGGAGGUGUUCGAUUUCGAGCUGUCGGAGGAGGAUAUGAAGGCAUUGCAGACGGGGGUCUACUCGCCCACGGACUGGGAUCCGACGGUGGAUUAUGAUUAGACAGCUGUAUGCCUGGCAGAAGAAUGGCCUAUAGACAAUGAGAGACAAAACUGAGGUGAUUACCGUCAACGAUGUACUGGGCAAACAAGAGAGUGAAUGAGGAUAUGCAAAUGUAUAUGUAAAUGAGCGGGCGGGCCGAGUCGAAAUCGCCGAUCGGAACGAGGGACGCCGUCCAGAAUUUGACCCCGCGGCGCGGGGUUUGGCUGCUUAGCAAUUCAUCCACAUUCG